AUGUCUGAAAAUUUGAAACGUGCUGAGUCCCUUUUCAAUAGGAUCAUGAAGCAGAAUGCCAGCAUCAGUAAUCCUUCUUUGACAAGAACAGCAGGCGAGGGACCAACUGGGGGCAAUGGAAACGGAGGAGGACGUCAGUCUGGUCACCAUCACCAUAAAUACAAGUCUCAUAAAAAUACCAAUCGUCAUCACCAUUACAAUUACUCGACCCAAUCGGGCACAUCCAAUGCUAAUUCCAAUGUAACAGCUGCCCUUCCCAAGAAAGAUCCCAUUAAAGCUGCCGACGAUACUAUAGCAAAAAUCCCUUCUGACCAUCAUAUAUUGCCAUAUUGUUGGACCAUAUGGUACCAUUCGCGGUCGAAACCAAAAAAGGAAACCGACGAAGAUCCCAAGGAAGAAACACCAGCACCGGUUGGAGUAGAUACCUAUUUAUAUCUGACCAAAGAAAUCGAGUUUUUGGACGUUAAUAGUCUUGACAAGUCCAAUUUGGUCACCAGCAUCGGAUCGAUCGAGCAAUUAUGGGUGAGUUUGUCGUCGAUCAAAAAGACAUACCAUCUCCCCAUAGGAACCGAGCUUUUGGUUUUCAAGAGCGGCAUAAAUCCCGUGUGGGAAGACCCAAUUAAUGCCAAGGGAGGACGUUGGGUUUUCCGGUUCAAUCGCCGUUAUAACCUUCCCGCGGAACAAACCAAUGUUGAUUCAAUAAAAAGUUUGAGACAGCGGUCCAGUUUGAUCUGGGAACGUCUUUUACUCAAAACGAUGACGGGAUCUAUCAUUCCCGACGGUGACUACACCCCGGAAGUUCAAGACAUAUUACUUAAUGACAUAACUGGAUUAGUUUUGAGUGUGAGAAAAGACGAUGACAUCAUUAGCAUUUGGAACGCAAACUUGAACUUCAACAAAAAGAAACCAUCCGACGACGAUGAUAAGAAAAAAUUGACGUCGUUCCAAGCAAGACGAAUUAUCUGCGAUCUGAUACUUCGAGUGGUUCGAGAGGUGGACCUCAUUAUGACCGGCAGCAACGACGUCUUUACAGUUGAUACGGGCUCUAACGAAAGGGUACAGGGAGUUUCAUUCGAGUACAGAAUGCAUGCAGACAGUAACAACCCAGUGCCUGAAAAAUAUGGAAGACGGUACAAGCAGCAUAGGCAGGAAGAAGAAUAG